UUGUAAUCACCACCGCUAUAUAACACACACACAUAGUUUCAUCUAAAACACAUUAGAAAUAUUAUGGGAAGCUUGCAAGAAGAAGAACUGGUUCAAAUGGUUCAAGACUUCAUAGAAUCAGAACCAUCUUCACCCAUAGUUCCUUCAAACCACCUUCAAUCUUCUAACCGUCUUGCUCAACUUUCUACUUUACAGGAGAUUCUUAGGUGUAGAACAGAUACUGAGAGAAAGGUUAUUGAGAUUGUGUUGAAGCAUAUUAGAAGCAAAAGGGAUGUCCAAAAGUCUAGUGGUUUGAAGAAGUGGCUUGCCAUGAGGCUCAAAAUGAAUGGAUUUAAUGCUUCUUUACGUCAAACAUGUUGGGUUACGUCCUCAGGAUGUCCUGCUGGUGAUUAUGAAUAUGUUGACAUAGUGAUGGAGAAUGAAAACGGUGAGACGGUGAGGUUGAUAGUAGACAUAGAUUUCAAGUCCCAAUUUGAACUUGCAAGGCCUUCACCAACCUACAAGGAGUUGACAGAUGCUCUGCCAUCCAUCUUUAUAGGAAGUGAAGAAAAGCUGAGGGAGAUUAUAUCAGUGGUUUGCUCGGCUGCCAAACAGUCGUUUAGAGAGGCAGGGUUGCAUGUACCACCAUGGAGGACCACUACCUACAUGCACUCCAAGUGGCUCUCUGCCACUCCUAAUGUUAACGGUGAUUUUGGCAAAGUAAAUGGGGAACCUAAACCAAGAGGUGGAGCGCUUGGUUUUAGCAAAUGGACACCUCCAAUGGUAAAGCCUAAGACCCAGAAUAGGGAAUUGGGUGGUGGCGGCUCUGCCUUGUCCAGUCAGUUUUCUAACAUGGGCAUAAACUGCUGCUAAUUUUUUAGCUGAUAGAUUCUCCAAUUUUGAUCUAUCUAAGUCCCAAACUGUACUCUUUAUCUUAUGUUAAUCCAAAUUUGGAGUUUUUCUUUCUUUUCUUUCUUACUACUAAAUAUCAGCAAUGACAUUGACGGCACCAAUGAUUUUCAUUGUCA